AUGAUGGCGAUGCCUGCAGAAGCUCACGGCACCGGUGCGCAGAGUAGCACUCAUGAAAAAAGCUUCAGCGCACCGGAUCGCAAUGGUUAUGUGAAAACAUGUGUCAUCCCACUGUGCCGUGACCGGGACUAUGAGUCGUGGGUGAGGCUAAUGUUCACAAAAAUAUGGAGUUCCCAGAGACUCCGGAGCGCGGUGUGCGUGGGGUCGCUUUCGGUUUUUCUCGCUCUGUUGGUCAAAUGUGCAGACUGGAGAGCUGAAGGCGGCGGCAGCGCUGACAGCACACUCCCGCAUUCAUCGUCUCCCUUUCACUUGGUUUGGAGCUGCUCGGCGGAGCUGUUGCAAACUUGCUGGAGUGUGCUUUCGCCAUUGUUCACCCUCCUAUGUGCCUUCUUCUGGGUCGGUGUGUACUUAAUCCGCGGCGGGGUUCUAAUCCAGACCGCCCUCUCCCUCCUAACCUUGUGCCACCUGGGCGAAGUCGCGGCGUGCUCGCUUCUGGACGGGACAGAUGAGCAGCUGCUCUCCUUCACCACAGCGGCCGUGGUUGUGCUCAUCUGCGUGGCCACCGGCGCACUCAUGGUAGCGCGGCUGAAUCAGGGCAUUUCGGUGAUCGUUUUCAUCAGUGUGGUCAGGACUAUCUCGCUCUUCUCGCUGCACAAAGUGCGGGCCGCUUGGAGACCGUACGUAGCGUACCUGGUUGGAGUGCUGGGCAUCCUGCUGGCGAGGUAUGCUGACAAGCUCCUUCCCAACCAAGGGAGACACAAGGAGGGCUGCACCCCCGUGACUGGAGCCAGGGAAGAGAUCCCUGUAUUUAAAAGGCGCAGGAGGUCCAGUUCUGUGAUAGCCUCAGACAUGGCACACAGUCAGUCCAACAGUAAGUCACAUCGCCGGACCUCUCUGCCAUGCAUCCAGAGGGACCAGAUGCUCCCCCGCUCAGAUUGGGACCACAAGAGGGGCUCUCGAGGAUCACAGUCGUCCGGCACCACCGUCAUGGUGGACAUAGCGGUGAUGGGAGAAGCUCACGGGCUGAUCACGGACCUGCUGGCCGACCCCUCUCUGCCUCCCAACACCUGCACCUCGCUGCGGGCUGUCAGUAGCCUGCUCACCACCCAGCUCACCUUCCAGCCACUGCACCGGCCACGCCCUGCUCCCCUGCUUAACCCCAGCGAUGCCUACACCUGCUCUGACUCAGAAGAAGGACCUGAGAAAGGAGAGAAGAUAUCCAUCCACAAGCGUCUGAGGCGGAGUCUCCACCCUGCCCUUCUGAGGAGGAUCUCCUCCACGUGGACCACCACCACCUCUGCCACAGGACUGCCUACAAUUGAGCCCGGGCCUGUCCGAAGGGACCGCAGUGCCAGCAUCAAACCCUACCAUGAAACACUCACCUGCAGUUGUGGGAGACCAUACAUCAGACUGAGCCACGGGGAGGGCUCUAUAGACAAGGGAGACAGGAUACCACGAUCAGCAGAGGACCAGGUGGUUGUGUCAUCAGACUACGACAGCACCCACGAAGCCAACCACAGUGACAGCAGCGAUGUAGCACAUACAGAGGAGGACACGGGGGAAGGAAAAAACCCCUCCCAGAAUGUCAUCCUCCACGCACUAAUACCUCCUGAGGACAAACCAAUUCUGGCACCAGAGCCAUUAAUAAUGGACGACCUGGAGCCGCUGAUGAGUCAGCUAAACAAUUGGAACUUUCCCAUCUUCACCUUGAUGGAGAGGACCAAUGGGAAAUGUGGACGGAUCCUCAGUCAGGUAUCGUACAGGCUCUUUGAAGACACUGGCCUGUUUGAGACCUUUAAGAUCCCUGUAAAAGAAUUCAUGAACUACUUCCAUGCCCUGGAGAAUGGUUACAGAGACAUACCAUAUCACAACAGGGUUCACGCCACAGAUGUGCUUCAUGCGGUCUGGUACCUCACCACGCAGGCUGUGCCUGGUCUGCCCAGCCUCAUUACUGACCACGGCUCUGCCAGUGACUCAGACUCCGACAGUGGAAUAACACACAGUCAUAUGGGCUUCCUGGUUUCAAAGACCUACACUGUGUCAGAAGAUGGUUAUGGAUGCCUGUCAGGCCUCAUACCUGCUCUGGAGCUCAUGGCCCUUUAUGUGGCUGCUGCGAUGCACGAUUACGAUCACCCCGGGCGGACGAAUGCUUUCCUCGUAGCCACCAGCGCUCCACAGGCAGUGCUCUACAAUGACCGUUCAGUUCUGGAAAACCACCACGCUGCCUCAGCUUGGAACCUCUUCAUGUCACAGCCUGAGUACAACUUCCUGGUCAACCUGGACCAUGUGGAGUUCAAACGGUUCCGUUUCCUGGUCAUUGAGGCCAUCCUGGCCACGGACCUGAAGAAGCACUUUGACUUCCUAGCUGAGUUCAAUGCCAAGGUGGGUGAUGAUCCAUCCACAGGUAUCGACUGGUCCAACGAGAAUGACAGGUUGCUGGUCUGCCAGAUGUGCAUUAAACUGGCUGACAUCAAUGGGCCUCUGAAGUGCAAAGACCUACAUCUGCAGUGGACAGAGGGGAUUGUCAACGAGUUCUAUGAGCAGGGUGAUGAGGAGUCAAGCCUGGGCCUUCCUAUCAGCCCCUUCAUGGAUCGAGCAGCACCACAGCUGGCCAAACUCCAGGAAUCGUUCAUCACACACAUCGUCGGACCGCUGUGUAACUCCUAUGACUCAGCCUGCCUCAUGCCUGGACGAUGGGUGGAGCCCAACCCCGAGGCAGAGGAGCCAGAGAUGGCGGAGAAUGAGGAGGAGGAUGAGGAGGAUACUGCCGAAGAAGACACAUCUACCAGCUCAGAAGCAUCACAAAAAUCCACUCCCAAGAAGAGGAGGAAAGUCUUCUGCCAGAUCACACAUCACCUACUGGAGAACCACGAGAUGUGGAAGAAGGUGAUCGCAGAGGAUGCCCAGAAACAGGCCCAAGGAGCAGAGUCCGUCCAUUUAAACAAUGUAGCUGAACCAAUUCUGGCCAUUCAUGAGGAGGAAGAGGAGUCAGGCAGCAGAGAGGAGAUGGUGGAAGGAGAGGAUCCCGAGGAGGAAGUGGAGGAACCGGAGUGGCCAGAAUGUCUGAGGGACGACUCUAAACCUCCUGAGGAACUAGAGGAGGGGGACCCACAGUGAAACAGCGCAGGGGCAAAUCUGGCAUCAGUCAGGACAGGGAUGCGAUGAAGUAUUACUUUUUUUUCUUAUCCAAUCAACUGACUCCUGUUGUUGCCAGCACAUCACUUAGACACAACACUGUAGAUGUUUGGGAAAUGUGUGCCUAUACAGAAAAAAAAAUGAAAACAGGGUGGGAAAAUUUGUGCUUUACACAUUUUAUCUGAAUAUGCGGUUUCACCAAACAUUUAAAGGAGCUUUCCAUAUUGCAAUACGGGAAUUAUUCGUGUACUUUGGGAUACAGACUCUUUUGCUACUGUCAAGAGAAGAGCAAAGCCUGGUUGCACAGGCCUCAACCCAGUGUGGUAACACAGGACUGCAGAAAUUUGCUGCCAAUUUAUAUAUAAUUACUUUCCGAAUGCAGUUAUAUAUAGACAUCACAGUUACUUGUACUUGUGCUUCAAUUUUAGCAUUUUUUGAGGCCUCACCUGGGCGUAAUAUGUUUUUUUUUUUCUAUACAAGGAUUAUAAAGGGAGUCAACAAAUGAGGAACAUUGGUGUAAUUUUAUUCCUUUCAACUUCUGCCAAAAUUAAUCCCUCACCCAUGGGCUUUAGCAUACAAAAUCAGAUCUUUACUCGUAUUAUGUUUUACAUCUGUUGCCAAAUGAAGCACUUCAUGCCAUUAUGUGGAGCCAUUUUAGAUUCACACAAAGAUUCGAGGCUCCUUACACUUUAUACGUGUGUUCAUUUGUGUGUGUGUGCCUGUGUGUUUAAAUUAAGUCGCUCAUAUGCACAAUUCUUCUGCCGAGGACAUAAUUAAACUCAGCAGAUUACCUAUUAUUUGUAAAUGCAGGUAAAUAUGGCAUCACUGAACCAAACAUUGUAAUCAACGUGAGAAACGGUGGGUUGUUGAACUUGAUCUGUGCCGGAUACAGGAGAAUAAAGAGAAAAACAGAGCAAACACUACCAGCGCAUUGGGAAAAGCUGUUAAACGUUCAAUUAAAAGUUAUAAAAGAAACACAAACAGUAAGCGAUUAAGCAAAAAUCAAAUCGAAAUGAAGUCUAUGAUCCUGCAAAGUUAUUUUAACACAACUAACCAACACCAUCUGACUGUGUUUUUGGUCUCAGUGUGCUGAUCUGUAAUCCUCAGGAAAAACCUCAGCUGUCAGAGAAAUCAUGUGUACCGCCUGCACGGACAGUAAGUGAAAGAUGCACAGAGAACGAGGCUGACCUUAAUGUCACACACCCACCAACUAUUUCUGUGAUCUUUGCACACUGAAUCUGUCUCUGUCCUCUCCUGACACCUCAGGGAGACAUUCAUUCUCUUACAGUUACGACCAGGCACCACUCCAGAGUGCAUCAGUUCAGCCAAAUAUAGAUCACAUCUGUACUGGAGAGGAUACAUGAGCAAAUUAUUAGUCUGUUAGGUGACGUAUCCACACCUUAAAAUGUUCAUCCAGCAGUGGUGGAGAAAGUCGAUGAGAGCUGAAACGGUUCCCCAGAAUUAGCUACUGUUACUGUGUGAUGCCAGUAAAAAAAAAGAUUCCUUUAAUGAAACUGAUGUGCAGUGGGUAUGAUUUUGCUGCAGCAUGCUCCAUUUUAUUAGUUUCAUUCUUCAAAACAUGAAAUCUGCCAUGUAGCAUGCCCCAUCACCCAGUCCAUGUGAAUUCUGGCCCACGUUGUUCCUAAAGUUCUGUGCAGCAUCUCUUUCUAAUAUUCGAACACGGCUGCAUUGGUAUAACGUUACAAUCACUGUGAACAUUUCAAAAUGGUACCAAUAAUGUUAACCCUCCUGCUGUCCUCAUCUACGGGCACCGAAAAAUGUAGUUUCCUUGUCUGAAAAGAAUCCAAAAAUUCAACCAAAAAUUCUCAAAUUUCAGAAAAUUUGCAAAAUCUUCAGGAAGAAAAUUCCAAUAAUUCCUUAAGUUUCCCUUACAAGACAAUUCUUGUAAAUAUUUUCGAAAAAAAUGAGUUAAAAAUCUUCCCAAAAAAUCCUAAAAAUAUCUGACGUGAUCACAUACAUAUCAGUAAAACGUCUCAUAUUUUCUUUAAGAACAUUCACAUAAAAAUCAACUAAAAUCUAGCGAAAUUCGUUGGAUUUUAGUUGAGUUUUUUGUGAAUGUUCGUAAGAAACAUUUUUAACAUUUCUUUAUUCCCACCAAAAAAUGUUCAAAGAUUUCCCAAAAAUGUUGAAACUCUGGACAUCAGAGGUUUCACUGUAAAAACAUAUAUAUUUUUCCACAUUUUCAAACUUUAAAACCGGUCAAUUUUGACCCGCAGGACGACACGAGGCUUAAAUACUUGAACAGGAAGCCCCAAGUUUUAAAUCAGAAAAGUCGCCAUGUAACCAAAUUACAUUUCAGCUUCACAGGGUCUGAUUACUAUUCAGCUUCUCAUUUCGUCACCCUACACACAUUUAAAAGUGACUAUAAAGAAAAGACACUCUAAGUAGAUCUUGAGCUGAUUGAGUUCUCUCUACACUGAGCUGGCGGGUCAGCUGCUGUCACGAGUGCACUGAGGCCAUAUGUAAUGAAUUAUCUACCGCCGAUCUUGCCGAGUUCUCCUGACCGUAUAGGCUGACAUCUCACGCUCCACUUCUACUCUCCUCUGUAAUCUCAUUUCUUUAAACUGGCAGCACACAUUUCAGCCUGAAAUUGCACUGUGAGAUGCAGAUGUAGAACAUCAAGUGCUUGUACUCUUGCAGAUCCCGUAUUAACGUACUCACACGGUGUUCCUGGCCGUGGUGAACAGAACGCUGCCUCCACAGGGGCCUGCUUCACUUCUGCCCUGUCGUUGCUACGGCGUGUCCCAGAGAACAGCGAGGCCACACACAAGCUCAGUAAUUGGUCCACCCGCUGAUUAGUAAGGCAUUAGACUGACAUCCACCCCAAACCCCAAAUCAGACCAGAAUUGUUAGAAGCCACUGAAUCAGAACAGCUACAGCCUCUUUAUUUGGCCUCAGAUGAUCAUGCAUUGCACAUUGUAUGUCAUGCGUGUUCUUUGUCUACAUGUUGAUGUGUUUCAUCCCUAAUGAGCUAUAAUCAUGGCUACAUACACAAUGGACGCUCUGUAUUUAGCUUGACAAAAUAUCACAAUGUCGGACAGGAAAGCUGUUCGGUACAACUCAGCCGUUUUAUCUGAAGCGUUCCAGAAUUAGACAAACACCUUUUUCUUUCAGUCAUUUACUGGGAUGGUACAAUUGCAUAACAGCAUCCCCUCAAACACUCCUGCUUUGUGAAUGUAUAUAUACAGCACAGUAUGGAGUUGGACAACGGUGCGAGUCGCUCUCUGAAUUCUUCCAUUGGCCCCUCAAAUGUGACUCUGUCCUGUAUUCAGUUAUCUUGUACUGUCGGGGAGAGAGGGACUUUUCCUCACAAGUAGAGACGGUGAAGUAAUGAAGGGCAAAGUGAUGCAGUAAGUAGUUCUUCGAUUCUUCACAGACGCUCAGAUGAAAUUGCUAUUCACACAAGGUCCGAUAGCGUAUUUCUCCUUGCGCUUCCUCUUUGAUCUGCUUCGCCUCGCUGGCAAAAGUAGCAGAGCAUUCGUCGCACAGCAUCUCUCAUCUUUAGAGGUAAUUCGACUCUGUCCGCUGUUGCCAGUGAUCACGGUUCGCUACAGUGGACAGUGUAUCAAUUUUACCCGACAGCUACAUCUGUUUCAAGUCAGUACUUGCGUUCGAGCUGAUGCAGUAUGUCAGUUUUGUGUUUUUUUUAUGUCUUAAUUUGUUUUUAUUUGAUUGUCAUGCUUAUUCACACGUGUACAAUAAUUGUAACCAUGGGAACCAAACAAGCUUUACAAAUAUGUAAACAAAAUGAGAUGAGUAUUUUUAUAUAGUUGACACAUGAUUAAAUGAUGAAUUUCUUUCUUCUCACUAGUACCUUGCACUUACCACAUGUACUAAGGAAGAAUAUGUCCAAAUACACAGUAUUUGUGAACGCAAAGUAAUUAAUUUCCUUGCAGGUUGAUGCUCCAUUUUGUACAAUAUACAUAUAUGCUGUACAGUAAAGAAAUUUUAAAACUACAAAAACUCUUUUAGAUAUACAUUAUUUAUUUUUACCAUUUUGUAAUUUAGACACUAUACUGUAGCUUCAAUAUUGCCAGACUUACUGGAAGUGCCUAUAUUGGUAUUAUGUAUCAUACAGUGAAUAUAUUUGAAGAUCAUUAGACGUUGUCACAAACUGAACCAUGUGGAUGUUGUAAUGUGAAUACAUUGAAUUACAAGAUUACAAUUUCUGUGGUA